CGGCCGGCCCCCGUGACUCGCCAAAACCCCCACCAAAAGGCGCCGAGAUUGGGCGAAUAGCGAGCAAAUACGUCCGCGUUUCUCUGCCCGCGUCCCCCCCCCGCUCCCCGGCGCUGACAGCGGACAAGGCCGAGGUCGUCGCACCGCAGGCCCGGCCGCCGCCGAGGCUCCACUCGGACCCGCCCGCCUCACCGCCUGUCCCCCGUCAACAGUCCGAGCCAGCCCUGGACAAGGACAAGGUCGAGGCCGCCCGAGAGAGCAGGGAUCCCCGCCUGGUCCCGCCGGCAGCCCCCGCCGACAUGAACCACCACCAGCACACGCAGCAGCAGCAGCAGAAAGCCGGGGAGCAGCAGCUCAGCGAGCCGGAGGACAUGGAGAUGGAGGCUGGUGACACAGAUGACCCUCCAAGAAUCCCGGCCAACCCAGUGAUCAAUGGUAAUGUGGCAAUGGCAGAUGGACACAACAAUACAGAGGAGGACAUGGAGGAUGACACCAGCUGGCGAUCAGAGGCGACGUUCCGGUUUGUGGUGGAGCGCUUUAGCCGCCUGAGUGAAUCUGUGCUUAGCCCGUCAUGCUUUGUCCGGAACCUCCCUUGGAAGAUAAUGGUGAUGCCUCGGUUUUAUCCUGACCGGCCUCACCAGAAGAGCGUUGGCUUCUUCCUGCAGUGUAAUGCAGAGUCAGACUCCACGUCAUGGUCGUGUCAUGCACAGGCCAUGCUGAAGAUCAUCAACUACAAAGACGACGAGAAGUCAUUCAGCCGCAGGAUCAGUCACCUGUUCUUCCACAAGGAGAAUGAUUGGGGUUUCUCUAACUUCAUGUCCUGGAGUGACGUGACUGACCCCGAGAGAGGUUUCGUUGAUGAUGACAAAGUCACAUUUGAAGUCUACGUCCAGGCAGAUGCCCCACAUGGAGUGGCUUGGGACUCAAAGAAACACACAGGAUAUGUCGGACUAAAGAACCAGGGAGCGACCUGCUACAUGAACAGCCUGCUUCAGACGCUGUUCUUCACUAACCAGCUACGGCGGGCGGUGUACAUGAUGCCCACAGAAGGAGAUGACUCGUCGAAGAGCGUUCCCCUGGCACUGCAGAGGGUGUUCUAUGAACUGCAACACAGUGACAAACCAGUUGGCACCAAGAAACUCACAAAGUCUUUUGGGUGGGAAACGCUUGACAGCUUCAUGCAACAUGAUGUACAAGAGCUGUGCAGAGUGCUCCUUGACAACGUGGAGAACAAAAUGAAAGGAACUUGCGUUGAAGGAACUAUCCCCAAACUUUUCAGAGGAAAGAUGGUGUCAUAUAUCCAGUGUAAGCAUGUGGAUUACCGGUCUGAGAGGAUUGAGGACUACUAUGACAUUCAGCUUAGCAUAAAAGGAAAGAAAAACAUUUUCGAGUCUUUCAAAGAUUAUGUUGCAACUGAGCAGUUGGAUGGAGACAACAAAUAUGAUGCAGGAGAACAUGGUCUUCAGGAGGCAGAAAAGGGAGUGAAGUUCCUUACGUUCCCACCGAUCCUUCAUCUACAGCUGAUGAGGUUCAUGUAUGACCCACAGACUGACCAAAACAUCAAGAUUAAUGACAGAUUUGAGUUUCCAGAUCAGUUACCGCUGGAUGAGUUCCUUCAGAAGCCAGACUCCAAGGAUCCAGCAAAUUACAUCCUACAUGCAGUGUUAGUCCACAGCGGGGACAACCAUGGCGGUCACUAUGUCGUCUAUCUUAAUCCCAAAGGAGACGGCAAAGUGAGCGUCAAGGAACCAAUUUGGUGUAAGUUUGAUGAUGACGUGGUGUCACGGUGCACCAAGGAGGAAGCCAUAGAACAUAACUAUGGUGGUCACGAUGACGACCUCUCAGUCCGCCACUGCACCAACGCAUACAUGUUGGUCUACAUCCGCGAGUCCAAGCUUAGUGAGGUGCUCCAGCCAAUGACUGAUGUGGACAUACCCCAGCAGCUAGUGGAGCGUUUGCAGGAGGAGAAGAGGGUAGAGGCCCAGAAGAGGAAGGAACGCCAAGAAGCUCACCUCUACAUGCAGGUCCAGAUGGUGACCGAGGACCAGUUCUGCGGUCAUCAGGGCAACGACAUGUACGAUGAGGAGAAAGUGAAGUACACAGUCUUCAAAGUCCUCAAGAGCUCCACGCUGCAAGAGUUUGUUCAGAACCUCUCCCAGACCAUGGGUUUCCCACAAGACCAGAUGAGACUAUGGCCCAUGCAGGCCCGUAGCAAUGGAACCAAGCGGCCCGCCAUGCUCGACUACGAGGCUGACUGCAACAAGUCGAUGAUUGACUUGAGUGACAAUGAGAACCCCUGGACAAUAUUUCUGGAAACGGUGGAUCCGGAGAUGGCAGCCAGCGGGGCCACAUUACCCAAGUUCGACAAAGACCAUGAUGUCAUGUUGUUCUUGAAGAUGUAUGAUCCCAAAACCAGAAGCUUAAAUUAUUGUGGACAUAUCUACACACCUAUAUCCUGCAAAAUAAGAGACUUGCUGACAGUCAUGUGUGAGAGAGCAGGGUUUCAGCAGGAAACAAGCCUUAUCCUCUAUGAGGAAGUAAAGCCCAAUCUAACGGAGCGGAUACAGGACUACGACGUCUCUCUGGACAAGGCCCUGGAUGAGCUCAUGGAUGGGGACAUCAUUGUCUUCCAGAAGGACGACCCAGAGAACGAUAACAGUGAGCUGCCUACGGCCAAGGACUAUUUUCGGGACCUCUACCACCGGGUUGAUGUCAUUUUCUGUGACAAGACCAUCCACAACGACCCCGGCUUCGUGGUCACGCUCUCUAACCGCAUGAACUAUUUUCAGGUGGCCAAGACUGUUGCGCAGAGGCUGAACACAGAUCCCAUGCUGCUGCAGUUCUUCAAGUCACAGGGGUACAGGGAUGGUCCAGGGAAUCCUCUCAGACACAACUAUGAGGGAACACUGCGAGACCUGCUGCAAUUCUUCAAGCCUCGGCAGCCCAAGAAACUCUAUUACCAGCAGUUGAAGAUGAAGAUCACAGACUUCGAGAACAGGAGGAGUUUUAAAUCCAUAUGGCUCAACAGCCAGUUCAGAGAGGAGGAGAUCACCCUCUAUCCUGACAAGCAUGGCUGUGUCCGGGACCUUUUGGAAGAAUGUAAAAAGGCAGUGGAACUGUCUGAAAAUGGCUCUGAGAAACUCAGGCUGUUAGAGAUAGUAAGCUAUAAAAUCAUCGCGGUUCACCAGGAGGACGAGCUGCUAGAAUGUUUAUCUCCUGCUGCCAGCCGCACCUUCAGAAUAGAGGAGAUUCCUUUGGACCAAGUGGAUUUGGACAGGGAUACUGAAAUGCUAAUCCCUGUUGCUCACUUCCACAAGGAAGUCUUCGGCACAUUUGGAAUUCCUUUCUUGCUUAAGAUCAGACAGGGUGAGUCGUUUCGGGAGGUGAUGAGAAGGAUCCAGACCAUGCUGGACAUCCAGGAGAAAGAAUUUGAGAAGUUCAAGUUUGCGAUUGUGAUGAUGGGUCGACAUCAGUACAUCACUGAAGAUGAGUAUGAGGUCAACCUGACGGACUUUGAACCACAGCCAGGUAAUAUGACCCACCCCCGGCCCUGGCUAGGGUUGGAUCAUUUCAACAAGGCUCCAAAGAGAGGUCGCUACACCUACCUGGAGAAAGCAAUCAAGAUUCACAACUAAAGCAGCCCACCCUCCCUCUCCUUGUCCUCCUCACCCGCUCCGCCUUCCUCCCCUCCUACGUUAACGAACCAUAACCACAGACUGUAACCAACUGCGUGUGUGUGUUUGUGUGCGAGAUUGUUUGGGUGUGCUCGUAUGCGUGUGCAUUCAUCAUUUUUAACACCCCGCCUGGACACCUCUACAGCUCUGCACCUGCACUAUGUCUUCAGUGAUACGGGAUCUUGCUGCAGCUGACGGAUUAUUCUUCAACCACAAAAUAAACUGCACCAACCACCUCCUGACUGUUGAUUUUGUUGUAAAUUUUUUUUUCUUUUUUUUUUUUUUUUUUCUCGUUAGUCUCCCUCUGCAUUUGAGGCUGUUUGGUUGUAUUUUUAUUUUCUGGCUUCUCUACCUGUGACUGCCUGCUUUUUGUUGCCUGCCUGGAAGUGGGAGAAAUUGGAUUUUAAGAUUAAUGGGGUGAAGAGGGAAGUGGAAUUGGGAUAAAGAUCUAUAAGUUUUAGGGUUUAUUUCUUUUUUUUUUUCUCUUUUUUUUCCCUCUCACACCUAACCCAUCAGUUUUUUGUUUUUUUUUCCUUUUGAGUUUUGUUUUGGGGGGUAGUUUUUAAAUGAGAUUGUUUUAGAGGAAUCGUACUGCUGUGUGCAGAGUGUGAUGGAAGGAUGUGAGGACUGAGGACUAACUGACAAAGAGAAGCUGAUGGUCAUUUCGUGGAAGACUAUUUUUGCAUAAACGGCUGCAGGCUGGCGUUCACUCUGAGGCUCACUAGUUGCCCCCAAUGAAGUUCUUGAUAGUUUCUGCUCCCAUCCUGUUAAACCAGUAUUUCCAAGUUUACACACGAUUCUUUCUCACUUAGUUUGGUUGAAGAGAAAAUAAUUUUUUUUGUCUCUUUAUGCAGACCUUGUAUAUUAAAAUUAAAAAAAAAAAUCAGCAAAACAGAAUCUGUUUAAAAAAAAUAAUAAAUGGAGAAAAAUGAGAUUUGUCUGUAUUUCAUCUUGAACGUUGGCACUUAAAGGUUUCUCAGGACUGGCAAAUGUACAUUUUGGCUUUAAGGAACACUCAUGCAUGAAGAUUGCCCUCUUAACUCCUUUUUUUUAUUAUUUGUUUUGGGUUCGGUGGUGUUAUUGUUAGUCAUUCCUCUGAACACAAACACGCACACGCAAGCUUCCGUCUUCUCUUGAAUCUGUCGCCCCCCGGUGGUUGAGAGCAGUAACUGCGCUGUGCUUGGUAGAGCUGCAGACACUUUUAAAGCCCCACAGGUUUGAGGAUUGUGUAGAGCCGAAACCAGCAUUGUAAGAAACACUUUAAAAAUCCCAUGAUUUUAUUUUUCCUUUGUUUUUAAAGCACAGAUGGAAUGCACCCCUUAUAUCACAUAGGAGGCUCUGUAAAGACAACAUUUAAGAAUUGUAUAUUUAAAAAUAUGAACGUGUAAAAUUUAAGAGAAACACGCCUUUCUUGUUGGGUACUGAAGGAGCCAGGUGUUCAUAUUUCUUGUGUGUAGGUUUAUUUUUUUCUUUCUUUGGCUUUUUUGCGUUCCUGAUGCACCAUUGAAUUUUUUUCUGUUACAUCUGGAUUUUUUUCUUCUUUUAAAGACUAACUGCGGUGGUUUGUCUUGUUAAAAACUUCAAUACAAAGAUGACUGGCAGAAUCGCAACCUUAAUUUGAUCUUUUCCAGUUUAAAAUCAUCAGUGUAGCAGCAGUGUACGACAACUAUUCCUGUAUAUUGCCUUUUUGCUGGAAAAUGUAUGUUGAAUAAAAUUUUCUAUAAAAACAAA